CAGCCCUGAUAAAACGGGAUCGCAUUUUCUCUCGGAAAAAUAAACUCCACACAGAUCGGAAACCUCACCGCACGCCACAGCCUUCCCCGCCCGCCCCAUCCGCCACCGUCGCCAUGGGCAGAGGCCGAGGAGGCCGCAACCGCAAGCCCCGCAACUCCGCCACCUUCCGCCUCUGCCCGCGCCCCGGCGCCGCCGACCCCUCCGACCGCGUCCUCGUCCGCGUCGACGGCAACCAGUACCACGUCCCCGGCCUCGACGACGACGACGACGCCUGCUACUUCGAGGGCGCCUUAGGGGACGACGGCGCCGAGCCCUCGUCCUCCCCAUCUGGGGCCGCCCUCCCCGACCACGUCCGCCGCGCGAUCCUCGAGCUCGGCCUCCCCGACGACGGCUACAACUACCUCGCCCACAUCCGCGAGAUCCGCCCCUCAUACUCCUCCACCGGGGGCGGGGGCUCGUCCGCCGUGUUCCUCCCCACCCGCCGCGCCGCGCGCUGCGGCCUCCCGCUGAGCAUCAAGGCAUACGACGCGCGUGGUGUUGAUGUUGGUCUGGACAAUGUCGCCGCAACGGGAGCGCUGAUUCCAGUGGAGGAGGCUAUCGACCCGGAUAUCACCGACCUGCUUGAGGAGAGCGAGGUGCCACCGGGGACCUCGGAGGAUGAGAAUGAGGAUGAGGAGAGCGAGGUGCCACCGGGGAUCGUGGAAGAUGACAAUGAGGAGAGUGAGGGGCCAUCGGAGACCUCGGAGAAUGAGGAUUCAGAGCUGGAGGACGAUUUUGUUAUCAUUGCAAAUCAGCCUGAGCAGGAAGACCAGAUGGAUCUGGAGGAUGAUUUUGUUAUCCUUGCAAACCAGCCUGACGGCGAAGAGCAGAUGGACAUGAUGGGCGGUAGGUUGGCGCGAGGCAGUUUCGCAGCUGCCUUAUGGGCAUGUUAAACUGCUUGCUUUGGGAAAGAAUGAUGCGGUGAAGAUGGCCGUGAUAACCAAGGCUCAGAAAGCUUUUAGGGGUCCGUCCUUGUCGGCGCACCUUGUGUGCUGAUUAUUUAUCUUAUAUAUAUUGUGUUGAUAGUGAACUGUUUGUCAUAGCAAUUCGAUUGUCAGUAGGAAUAAUAUUGAACAUUUGUGCCAAAUGUUGCACGCACUAAGUUAGGUUUCCUUAGUAGAUAAAAGUUAUGGGUGAUGUACGAUAUUCAUCUUCUACUGUACCGCUCUCCCAAGAUUAUGUUUCAAAACUCGUAAUUCAGGAUGUACAAAGUUAUCGUUGUCUCA